UACACGCGCACACCCGCGGCAGCAGAGAGACAGAAGGAACUCGAACCCACACACGGACGGAGCCUGUUUAGAGUCCGCUUUCAUUUAUUUAUCUAUUUAUCUAUAGUUGUGUUUCGUUCUCCAUCGAAGAUGAACGGAGUGACCAGAAGCUUGUGCACCUUGGAGGACAUCCGGCACCCAGAGCAAGGGGACGGGUGCAGGCGCCUGCGGCUCACACUGCACGACCAGAGGCAGGACGCUCGCGGCGCGGAGCAGCACAGAGACAGAGACAAGCCCAUCGGACGCGUGCAGCCGGCCAAUGACUGGACGGCUCUGAACCCCGAGCCGAUCAAGUGCAAAGAGGAGCAGGUGGAGGUUAUCAAGGUUUAUCUGGAAGCCCGCAAACAAGAGCAGCAGAAACACCAGGAGAGCCUGAAGAUGCUGUCAGACGAGGUUUCCCAGAUACAGGAGGUGAGGUAUUGCCUGAAAACGCUGAGGGAGCAGAUGGCAGCCAAAAACAAGUCGCUCACAAACGGGUGGAAAGUUGGUCUCCCUUUCAGAAAGAGCGCCUCGUCCUCGAGCACAAGGCGUACAUCCGACGCACAGGAAGCAGAUGAAGAAGCUGAGAGUGCCAAGCUGAGGGAGGUCAGUAAGCGCUUGUAUGCACAGCUACAGGAAGCAGAGAAGAAACACCAAGAAGACAAAGAGAGGCUGCAGGCUGAAAGCCGCAGGCUGAAAGAGUGUCUCCUCGUUGAGGGGGAGAAGAUGAGGAUCACAGAAGAGGACAGCGAGAAGAAAGACGAGCGCAUAGAGGAGCUCCAGAGGCUGCUGACAGGGAUGCAGCAGGAGAGCACCACCCUGCGAGAGGCCAUACGCAGCCGCGAGGACGAACUGGGCGAACUGCGCAAGCUGCGAGAGGAAGGCCAGGAAGGGGAGCAAAGGGCGGAGCAGUUGGAGCGGGAGGUGGCUAUUCUCAGGGAAAAGAUCCACCAUCUGGACGACAUGCUGAAAAGCCAGCAGAGGAAAGUCCGGCACAUGAUUGAACAGCUCCAGAACUCUCGCAUGGUGAUCCAGGAGAGGGACCGCGUGAUCAAAGAGCUGGAGGAGAAAGUGGCUUUCUUGGAGGCUGAGAACCGAGAAAUGCAUGACCAGAUGGACUACUUCCUGGGAGGACAACGGUCAAAUUCCUACCUUUCAUCAGAGCGCAACCCCCAGAUUAUCUACAGCAAACCAAUCAAGCCGUCCAACUCAUCCAACAAACCACUCCCUUUCAUCAAAGUCAUUGAGAUCAAGUCAUGAAGCGACUGCGCAGAAGAAAUACAGCGAUUGUCAGGAACCACCAAAUCUUUGCAAUGCGGGCUAAGGCUGAACGGCAGUUCUACGGCCCCGUCUGAUCCCUUUUCUAUAGGUGUGUGUGGUCUCAGCUGAGCUUCCUGGACUGAAACUGAAACACUACAACUUAUGCCACCAACCCUCUUGAAGGGAACUGCUGUGCGUCCGUGCAUAAAGAAUGAGCGUGUGAGCUUUAGGAUAGACGCAUUAAGCGUACUGUUGUGCAUUUGUUCAUGAGUAUAAUACUGUGUACUGUAUGAAAGUGUUCCCUUAUGCUGCCCGUUUGCCAAAGUAGGUUAUGACAUUAUGAAGCUUAUAGACUGCAAUGUAGCAAACAUAGCUAACCAAGCUAACGUUGUUUUUUUAUAUAUCGUGGACCAGAUGAUCUACUUCAUGUGUAAUCAAUACUCACUCCCCUGAGUCAACAGGAAGAUGCUUAAAGUUGACUAAGGUUUGUAUAAGGUCAACAUCCUGUGAUGUUUUUAAAUAAUAUUUAUAACCCCCAUACGACGAUAUCGCACUUACCUAAACCUUGAAACGGCAAAGCAAAAGUAAAAAUGAUUACUUCAUAGAAGUGUCAUUAUUGUACAAAUUCCUUGUAAAGCAUUUCAGUUCUCUCGCUUUGCCUGAACCUCCAGCUUAUUUUGUAAAUAAUUUAAAUGUGAUUUACGUUAUGUUCUACCUAACAACUUUCUCCCUUGUAUUUAUUUAUAUAUGAAAAUAAACCUUUAGGCAGACUGUUAUGAGUCUUUCUUUAAUGAAGUACAUUUUAAUCUGUGACUGUAUCUGUUUGUGGUUUUCCAAAUAAAUUACUGAAAAUGAAA